CAUGAAAUGAUAUAAUAAUUUUAUAAUAAUUUAAAUGUUUCACAAAUAUUAAACUUUUAUUAUUUUUAUCCUGAUUGUUGUUGGACGACAAACCAAUUAUUUUAGAAAUUAAACUGAUUUAAAAUCAAAACACCUGAACUCAGCAGCAAAGCGGAAAUCCUGCGGCUUUUAUUUUGAAAAGUAAAAGCGGAAGCGCUGGGAGGAAGCGGGCUGCCGUGAACGAGGUGAGGAUGAGGAGGCCCGUCUCCAGUUUGAGUUUGGGCUCCAGUUUGAAGGGGAAACUGGUGAGAGCUGGUUUCCAGUUCGCCACAGACCUGCGGGACCUGAACCCGGAACACCUGAGCGCAGAGGCUGGAGUCUCCCAGCAGGAGGCGCUGGAGGCGCUGCAGGCUGCCAGCUCGGGGCACGGCGUUGCCGCGGUGACGGCUCUGGAGCUCCUGCAGAAGGAGGAGGAGUUCAGGAGCAUCGUGACGUUCUGCUCCCAGCUGGACGAGGCGCUCGGAGGAGGAGUUCCUGUCGGGAAAGUGACGGAGAUCUGCGGAGCUCCAGGAGUCGGGAAAACGCAGCUGUGCCUGCAGCUGGCCGUGGACGUCCAGGUGCCGGCGGUGUUCGGCGGUCUCGGGGGUCAGGUUCUGUUCGUGGACACGGAGGGCGGGUUCCAGGUCCAGAGGCUGGUGGACCUGGCCGGCGCCGCCGUGCGCCACUGCUCGCUGCUGGCUGAGGAUGAGGAGCAGCGCGUUGCCAUGACGACCUUCACGGUGGAGACCAUCCUGUCGAAUGUCUUCCUGGUGCGUUGCCGUGACUACGUGGAGCUGCUGGCCGAGCUGCACCUGCUGCCCGACUUCCUGCCGGACCGGCCGAGGCUCCGCCUCCUCGUCAUCGACAGCGUGGCGUUCCCGUUCCUGCAUCUCCAUGACGAUUUGUCGCAGAGGACACGCCUCCUCCAGGGCCUCGGCCUGCGGCUUAUCGCUGCGGCGACAGACCACAACAUCGCCGUGGUAACCACCAACCACAUGACUACGCGGCUGCGCGGCAGCCAGGCGCAGCUGGUGCCGGCGCUGGGCGACCUCUGGGGUCACGCCCCCUCCAUCAGGCUCCUCCUCCGGUGGGAGGAGUCACGGCGGUUGGCCUCCAUCGUUAAAUCCCCGGGUCACAUGGACGCCACCGUCCAAUACCAGAUCACCUGCCAGGGCUUCCGGGACGCUGACCAAUCAGAGCAGCCGCAGAGCAAAAGGCCUCGAACUCAGACCGACCAAUCAGCUUCCAGCAGGGAAAACACUCGCACAUGAUUGGUCAGGGACUUUCAGCCAAUCAGAGAUCAGAGCCUGAAGUUCAGGCUGCUGGCUUCUCAUUGGCUGAGAGGAACUCCAGUCCAGUCCAGGUGUGUUUGCUGCAUUUACCUGCUCUGCUCCAGCUUAGCCCCGCCCCCUGCAUGAUGUCACUCAGGUGAGACUGCAGCAAAUCCAGACAAAGAAACUUUAACCUGAUCCUGGAGCUGCAGGAGUCCAGGUGUGUCCAGGUGUGUCCAGGUGUGUCCAGGUGUCUGAACCCAGAACUCUCCAGCUGCUCCUCAUCGCCUCCAUCACCUGUCCGUUGCCGUGGUAACCGAGGCUUUUUGGAUGUUUUGUUGAAUAAAUAGAUGAUUUUCUGUUCA